AACUUGAGAGCAAACGAAAAAUCAGGGUUGUCUCCAAUAUACGAAUAGACUCGAUCAAAGUAAUAAGGCGCAAAAUUAGACACUCCUUAUCUAUUAGUUCCAGUAGGUUGAAUAAAGAAGCGACCUAUUUCAAACAAUCAAUCAAUGAUUGCUCGUUUUAAGAUAGAAAUAGGUUAUGACAGUUGCAAAAACCAUAAAUCUAAAGAUCCAAUAGCCACCAUUCUCCGUUGUACAACCAAAUUUCUAUCUCAAGAGGCAUAUAUUCAACCAAAAAUUCAAUUUCUAAUCUUCCUUCUACAACUUCAGUUAUUGAUGAACUCCAUUCUAUUCGCCAUGAAUUGAUAUCAGAGUUGAAAUCUUCUACUCGCCCAGCUUAAAAUCCCCAACAAUAAAACCGUAGUGCCAAGAGAUACCUGAAGAUUGAUUUUCAAUGACAGUCUUGUACUGGGAAGUGAAAGGUGCAAACUAUUGCACGAUGGAUGAAAUUUCGGAGGAAGUUAGAAAGAGAAAAGAACAAAGAUAAAAAAACACAAAAUUUAAAUUUAAAUUGAAAAAUGCAAGGAUACAACAGUAGUUACAUAAUUAGUUUCUUCCAUGUUGGCCAAUUACCCAUUUACCUUUAGCAAAAAUUAAGGAGGAUUGCGGGAAUUUAAAAUUGAGAACAUUACAUGAAACUCUACUAUGAAAAUAGAAGCAUCAAGCUCGAUAAAAAUAAAUACGGUAGACUUAGUGAGCUUGCUAAUUAUGAUGAAAAAGUCCUCUAAUUUUUCAGAAAUUAACUUUGUCUAUUUUUUGUAUAAAAAAGGAUGCAAUAAAUUUGUUUAGUGUAACUGGUUGUGAUUGUUAUCUUUGUUUGAAGAGACCCGGGUUCAAAUCUUGAUAUUGCUAUUUUUAUAUGAAAUAAAUAAUAAAUGUGUAAAGACAGAAAUGCCCUUCCUACUUUCACUCUCGUUGCAGGAAAUUUGAAAUGGAGAAAAGUACUCAAAACAGCUGGGAAUAGCGAAAAUAUCAAUUUGAGGCCCAGCCCAGCCCAGCCCAGUAGAGCAGCCUCAUUUCGAUACUGGGCUUCGACCAAUUCUCAUUUCUCCCCCAACAACGGUGCCCAUCUCCAUAAUAGCCCAAUGUUGGAAGUACAAUAAUCUGCCUCGGCCCGAUUCGAAUUGCAUUGCACCGCCCCGUUUCCCGUAUUGCCCUCUCCUUCCUUCCUUCCCUGAUUCAAGCGCCUCCUCCACCUCCAGGUUAUAAAUCUUCCCUGGCUCACCAGAUUCUAGGGUUUUGGUCAUCUUUCUCUCCGUCCCGCGCCCUAAACCUAAAGGUACCGUUCCCAUGUUCCGCUUUCUUCUGUCGAUUGUUUGGUUGCUACGAAAAUGUUUAGUUCUUUGUAUUCCUGGCCUGCCGAAUGCUUCACUUCAUUGUAGCGCGUCUGUUUGCUUACCGAGGCGAAUCUUUAGAUAGAGAGGAGUUCGUGUCUCUCUGUAGAAUGGUGUCGAAGCUGUUAAUUCUAUCGAUUUGAUUCUAGCUUGUAGCUGUUGCCUUUUUGUUGCGUCUUUUUUCCUAGUGGGGGGCUUUUCCUUUGUUUGUAGCUUCUGCAGAACUUAUGCUGUUUUCUGCCUCUGUUGAUAGUUUGUCGAAUGGUCUUUUGGACUCCUCGUGUAGCUUGCUAGGUCGCUUGCUGACCAUAAUUUGUUCUGUUUGUCGCUGCAGUUUCAGCGAACUUUGUGAUGAAGAAGAAGAAGCAACAGAAUGAUGUUGUGGAACCUGAACGCGAGGUCGAUUUGAAGUCCCUAAUUCACCAGCAUUCUCAAUUCUUCGACAAGUUGGUCGAGCUGAUCCCGGCCAAGUUCUACUUGUCUAAGGACGAGGACAAGCCAUGGUUUCAAGGACUAAGUAAGGCUAAGAGGGCCGCAGCCAAGAAGGAAGCGAGGGAAAACAUCAAGAAGGCCAGGAGAGAUCGGUUAGACCCCGACAAGGCUAACGUAACCACCCUUGAUUUGCUCAAGCAAAACUUGGAGAAGGAGAAACAGAAGGAAGAAAGUGAUGAUGAUGAGGAGGAGGAGGAGGAAGAAGAAGAAGAGGAGGAUGAGGAUGAGGAGGAAGAAGUGGAGAUCAAUCCUGUGAUAUCUGGUGUGAAAGAUGAUGCUAGGUCAGCCACAUAUGAGGAUCUCCGGGAACGUUACAAGAGGAAACUGGAAGAGCUCAGAGGCGAGCGGAAGGCUGAUGGCAAUUCAAGAAGACAGCAGAAGAGGGAGGAAAGGCAGGAAUACAGGAGCAAACGCAAGAGGGAGCACGGCUCUGGAGGGAAGAAGGCUGUAGCAACCAAGGCCGAGAUAGCUAAAAAUGUCGAGAAGGAGGCCGAGGAAGCUACGAAGGAGCUGCGAUUCAGUCACGUGAAGAUAGGGGACGAAGACGAUCACGGGAUGAUGAAGAAGAAGAGGAAGCUCUCGAAGGGGCAGGAGCUCGAGAAGGCGAAAGAGCUGCAGGAGGCCAAGGCGGACCCGGAGAAAGGCGCCAAGGAGUCCUGGAGAGCAGCGACAAGUAAAGCAGCCGGGGUGAAGGUCCACGACGACCCGAAGCUGCUGAAGCAGAGCAUUAAGAAGGAGAAGAAGAGGCAGCAGAAGAAUGCGGAGAAGUGGAAGGAGAGGGUGGAGAGCCAGCACAAGGUGAAGGCUGGGAAGCAGGAGAAGCGGUCGCAGAACAUAGCCGGGAGGAUUCAGGAGAAGAAGGCGAGGAAGAUCGCCAAGCGCGAGAAGAAGCUGAUGCGGCCCGGGUUUGAAGGUCGCAAGGAAGGUUACAUCAACGAAGCCACUUCAACAUAGGAAAAGGGUUUCUGGGCAUCGCUCUGAAGGUAGGUUCUUUUUCUACAUUCGUUUUUCUCCUCUCUUCUUCGUGCCAGGGCAGGAUGAGAGGGUGUAGCUUCAUGUAGGAGCUGUUAGAAAGUGAUUUUGUUGUAGAAACAGUCUGCGCAAGGGAAAUGGAUGAUGUUUUGUACCCUCUGAUAUCUAUGUGUUUCCAAUUAUUUAUUUAUUUAUUUAUUACUGAGUGAUAUUAAUGAAAUAGUUAAACUUUCAAUUCUACUCAGGACCUCUAAAAGAUUCUAAAGAAAGUCACCCAAAAAAUCAAAAGAUUUUAGCUCUAAAAGAGAUAAAAGCAGUGCUUUACG